AUGUUCUCACUCAAGAAUGUCCUUUAUUUCCAAACUGGACUUGGAGUCCUAGCCAAUAUGUUUCUUGUUUGUUUCUAUAUUUAUGUAAUUCUAGGUCACAGACCUAAGCCCACAGACUUGAUCUCCUGUCAACUGACCUUCAUUCACAUAAUGAUGUUUCUCAUUGGAGGGGAUAUUUGGCUUACAGACUUAUUUAUGUCACUAAACAUUGAGAAUGAUUUCAAAUGCAAGGCAACUUUUUAUAUUAGCAGGGUGACGAGAAGUCUCUCUAUCUGCAUCACCUGUCUCCUCAGUGUAUUCCAGGCUGUCACUAUCAGUCCCAGUACCUCUUUGUUGGUAAGAUUUAAACAAAAAGUAAAAAAAUCCAUGAAAUAUUCUUUCUUAUGUAUAUGGUCUUUCAAUUUGACCUUCAGCAGUAUCUGGAUCUUCUAUGUUGUCGCUUAUACCAAUGUGAGUGAGAACAACCAGAUGAAGGUCACUAAAUACUGUUCACUCUUACCGGUGAACAACAUUGUCAGAGGACUGAUUUUAACAGUGGCAACUUCUAGAGAUGUGUUUCUUGUGGGAGUCAUGUUGAUCACAAGUACAUACAUGAUGAUUAUCUUGUUCAGACAUCAGAGACAAUGCAAGCAUCUUCAUAGCAUCAGCCAGCUGAGAGUGUCUCCUGAGAGAAGGGCCACCCAGACCAUCUUGCUGCUGGUGAUUUUCUUUGUGGUCAUGUAUUGGGUGGACUACAUCAUCUCAUCUAUGUCAAUUCUGUAUUGGAUGUAUGACUCAGUCAUGCUGACUGUUCAGAAGUUUGUGAUGAAUGCCUAUCCCAUGAUUAUUCCUUUGGUACAAAUCAGUUUUGAUAAGAGAAUAAUAAUCAUGCUGAAAAACCUGCAGUCAAAGCUCCACCACAUAUUUUUUAACAAGAUGUUUCCUUUCUUCUUUAAAAGCUAUUAG